AUGGCUAACUGGCGCGGUGACCGACCUUUUGCCUCCAUACAUAAUAUCUUGAAGAUGCUACUUUCGCCACACUCGUCCAACAAACCUACCCACGAGGAAACUGACAUGGUUGAGGACGUCGAUGAACCUCCCGAUCAUCGUUUCCUCCGCUCCUCCCACAUCGCCGCUGAGGAAGACCUGGUCUACGUCAAGGCCCCCGCCGCCAUGAAGGACCAAAAGGAAUCUCUCCUCACCCGUGCGCUCAAGAACAGCCCCGAGUUGAGCCCCUCCAAGCAACCUCCCACGCACGACUCUACCUACUCCUACCGAUCCUACCCAUACAGCAAUGUCAGCGGCAUCUCGACAGCCGAAUUGACCAGCGAUGGUGGCCUGACAAGUCCGUCUUUGUCUGAUGCUGCUAGCCCCCCGCUUCCUAUUCAGUUCGCCAGUAGACCUGUGCCUGCAAGAAAGCCUGUGCCUUCGAGAGUGGCUGUCGCGGAGAACGGUGAAUCGACUGUUGAGGCCAACCUCGGACGCAAGCGCUGCAUUAGCUUUGCCUGUGGCCGCAAGGUCGAGGACAAGAAGGAACAAGCACAGCCGGCACAGCAACAACAAUCGACUACGAAGAAAACAACUCCCGAACCUACGUCUGAGCCAGCCAAGCGGAAAACAGUCCUCACAUUUGUUUGCCCAGCACGUGACCCCGAGUCUCGACGGGAACGGUCUCCUGGUCGUGCACCUGCUCUUAGGUCGCGACUUCGUGGGUCGCCGGCUCCUGUCGCUCGCAAGGCUUCUCCCGAGAAGCAGGCACCUUCGCCACUCAGCAUUCCCGAACAGAAGACCCCAACUGAACGGAAAGGUAUCCCGACAAGCGGCCUUGGCAAGUUCGAAGAGUCGGAGGAAACACGCUUCCACGAAUUUGCUAGCUCUCUCGAAGAGGAUGACUGGGUUACCAAGGCUGGCGAGUAUACCGGAAAAAUUACGAUGAACGACUGUAUGAAGAAGGAAAUCGCGAUCAGAAAGCUGGGCGAGGAAGCCGAAGAAGAGGCUCUAGAUGACGACGACGAGGAGGAUGACGAUGACGAGGACGAUGAAGAUGACGAUGCGGAAGAUGCUAUCGACGAUGACGAGACUGUCCAUGAUCUCUCUUCGGACGAUGGCAACGAGUCCGACAACGAGGCUGGUUUCGCCGAAUCGGAUGAGAGCGAUGAUGGAUCGGACUACGAGUUUUGGGCACCAGCUACGACCACCGCUGCUACCAGCCCGCAGACUAUUGACGUCACUCGUCACACCCUCGACCGUCGGCUAUCGAACACUUCAUUCGAUUCGCUCAACGAUGGCUCCCGCCAGCAAAUGCCUCCUGCAAUCUGCUGGCAAGGGAAUGAUCGCCGCCCCUCCAAGGGGUCCAAGAUCCGCCCCGGUACUCCCAACCUGCCGGACAGCACAGACUUUGUGUGCGGGACAUUGGACGAAGAUCGCCCGCUGGAAGCCGCCUACAAAUCUUGCAUUGAGCAGCGUCGUCUGUCGAAACAGAUCGUGAUCCCCCAGGACAUCGAUCCCAGCUUUCCGACAUCGGACCCUGAGGACAACGAUGACGAGGAGGAUGAUGAGGAGUCUGUGCCUAUCACGCAUCUUGCAGAAGAGGUGAUCCGAGGCAGAGCGCCCGGGCAGGCACGCAAGCCUUCUCCACACCCUUCUCCCAAGCGCAUGCACUCUCCACCUCCUCGCCGCCAAGGUCGCUCAUCCCCCAAGCGCCUUCGGUCUCCACCUCCCAUGAAGCUGAGAUCUUCUCCCACCCCCAAACGGGACUCGGUGGAUGAGGUCCCCGCUCUCCGCCCUCAGGGUCUCAACAUCAGCGAAUUGGUUCAACGGCCACCCAUGGUCCGCACCAAGUCGCUUCCUCGUACCCCUAAUCCCUUCUUCACCGGCUUGGACAAGUCUCAUCAGUGGUCGGGCAUCACCCCCUUGAGAGAGUCGCCUGAGCGCGAACAUUCCCGCACUCGCGAAGUGCACACUCGAGGCCCCAUGGAUAUUGUUGAGGGUCUUGAGAAAAAGCGUCAGAAGAGAAAGGAAAAAUUCUGGCGUCAACAUUGCCGCAAAGCUGCCAAGGAGCAGAUGGAACGGCGUCCAAUCCCCGGAAAAGGAGCCGAACGGAUGAAGGAGCUUGGCCUCGAAGUUGCUGAGAGGUGCAGAGCUUAUGGUGUCGGCCAAGACACCCAGCUCGUCCUAUCCGUUUAG